UAUAUUUAUUUAUUUAUUUAUCUAUCUCAUCUUUGUUUCAGAUUAACAUUUAUUAUUUAAAUAAUAAAAUAAAUGUAAACAUAAUUUUUCUCAAUAAAUUGUAAAUUUAUUAAUGGCUUCCUUAAUAUGCCACUUAAAAUACAAUGUUAAACUUUACAACCUUCAGAAAAAAAUGGAAGAAUCUAUAAUUUAUAGUGAGAUCCUUUUAAAAUGAAAAUAAAACAUAAAUCAUGGCAACUAAUAGAGGAAUAAUCUUAGCUGUAUAUACAUACUAUGACUACGUUUCGGUAUUUAUUGCCAGUAUUGAAAAUCUAGAGUUCAUGUUAUAUAUACCAUAGAUUUUCAGUAUCAGUAAUAAAUAUUGGAACACAGACUAUGAAAACUACAUACAUGGGAAAUUCAAAUCCUAAAAAUACUAUCCAAAAUAGAAAAAUACACUCGAUCUAAUAGCUCAACAGUGUUUACCGCUUAAAAAUCAUUAUACUUAUUUAUAUACAGUAUUUUAUAAUUCAUCCUCUUUUUAUUUGAGGAUUCCUCAUCGAGAAUAUACGUCUCGUCCCAUUUGGUGGUCAGAGGCUACCGAACGUUAUGAAUUAUUCCGCAUAACAUUCCUCUUAUGUUCAGUCCAUUUUGUUUUUAAUCAUUGAUGAGGCUGACCCGUAUAAUGAUGAGUAAUAUCACUGCAAUUACAUCAAUCAGCAACAUAAUUUUCUGUCUCUUUUAAGUAUUAUAUUAUAAAAUAAGAAUAAUUUAUAUUUUGUUAUAUAUAAAAAUUUAUGAGAAUUCUUCCAUCAUGAAUAUGUAUGCAAAAUUUUACACUAAUCAGUUUACACUAGACCAAAUUAUUCCCUUAAAGAUCUGUUUUUCUCAGAGAAGAACAGGGAAAUAACUGGUAAUUGUGAAAUGGGGAGAUAUAAUAGACUCAGUUUGUGAUCUUCCAGGAGGGUGGAGGGCCAUCCUCUCUUUAUCUUCUUUUUCUUCUCUUUUUUCUUCCUUUUCCCUCCUCUUCCAUUCUCUUCAUUAUUAUUAUCAGUCUUAUAAUUAUCAUUAUAAACAAUAUAUUUUACUAUGUUUACUUUAUGUGACAAGAUAAAAUUACCUACUUGCUAUUUACUGUAAUAUUGUAAUAAGUUUAUUAAUACUAAUAAUCUUUUAUUGUUUUUAGUUAUGUCCUGUAGGAUCUACAGUAAGAAUAAUAUCGCCAGGAAUGUUAAGUACUGUGGAAAGGCAAAACCAAUCACAAUCGCAACAAUUAACACAACAAGUCAGUAUGCCCGCCACGUAUCAUGUACCAAGAGGACCCGCAGCAGUUGCUAAUAUCUCUGCACCCAGAUCAACAGUUGCUACUCCUAUCGUCAGAGCGAAUACGGGACAGACUGUGCCUACUACCAGAUCAUGUAAUACAACAAUCUCUAAUCCUCAAUGGCAACCGAAAACAACAUCCGUCGUAUACGCGCAACCACAAAGACAUCCUACACCCCCGAUGAAUAGAGUGUCCAGACCAUCGUCUGUAUACACAGGACAACAGCCACGAUUAAUUACACCAAAUAGUCAAGGCAGAUCUGUUCAAGCCACUAUUACUGGUAGUCCGUCCAGAUUAAUAACACCUAUUCUGCAAACAAAUAAUAGCAUUACUACCAGACUUCCACUUGCACAAAGUAGACCAUUGACGCCCCAAGUGGUAACGGUGACACAGACUUCGCAACCUGGAAGAUCGUCGACACAAACCAUUCAGCCAACCAGUCAAUCCAGCAGACCUCUAACUACGACAGGCGCUACAAAACGUGUAGCUGUACCUGCUCCUGUUGUAGAAACAGCAAACAGAAUAAGUGGUACGUCUGCAGUUACUGUUGAACCCACUGUAGGUCGACAGUUGUCAAUUAACACAGUAGCCGGACCGUCAACCGGCACCGUUAGUCACAUCGUUAUUCCUUCACAGCAGGUUCAACAGCAACAAGGUGCACCACGUGUUGUUCAAACUGUCACAUCCUUGUCGAAUCUCAACACAAUGUCGCAAGUGAUUACUACAACUACGAACACGUCGAACACGACGCGUAUAUUGCAAACGGUCCCAACUACAGUUGCAAGAAUCACGAGUAUGUCUUUGCAUCCUUUGCCACUGGUACCGGUGAGGGCCACAACGGCACCCAUCAAGGCUGCACAGUCCCAAAAUAUUGGACAAACUGUACAGAUCAAGUCGCCGCAACAAGCUAGCUUACGUGUGUCGGCUGCUGGUACAAACAACAGCACGGUUACCACUAGUGCUCAACCAAUUCAGGGACAAUACAUACAUCCACCACAUACUACUACAUACUACUCUUUUGAGAGCUACCACUCACCAUAUCGGCAGACUCCAGUACAACCAGUAAGGUUAUUAGUUGAACCGGGUUAUGAGGAACCACAUAGUAAACCUAACGCAUCUCCCAGACCAAGUAUCCUGAGAAAAAGAGAUCAUGAUAAUUCACCAGUCAAAGGUGCAGCAAAAAAUUUAGUUCCUCUACUAGCAUCAUUACCAUCAAGUAGAUCGACUUCCAGUCCACCAUGUUCACCAAGAGCAGAUCAGGAUGGUGGGGGUUGUGCAAGUUCAGGAUCUACAACUGUGUCCGCGACGUCCUCACCGGGUCUUGAUGAAGAACCGGAACUAUCUAGGAUCACCAUUAAUCCCACUGGAGAAAUGUCACCGAGGAAAAAACCUCGUAAACAACAACUUACAGGCGUGGAAUUAACUGAAUCUAGGUGUACAGAAGUAGUAAUGGAAUUUUUCACAGAAGAUAAGGCAAGGAAAGAAAUAAAAGAAGAAUCAAAAGAAAAAUCGCCUGAUAAGAGACACGCUUCUAAUGUACACAGAGAUAUAAAAUCACCUAUUCAGCAAACAGAACUUACAGUACGAUUACGGCCUAUGCCAAGUUUAUUAGGAGCUUCCUGGAAAGAUAAGUGGGGAGAUAGUAGACUACACCAUUACAGAAGACCGAGUGAUGUUCGACCACGUGAAGAGAGAAGACCUACUGUUGCUGAAUUGGCACAACAGAAGCAUGUAUUACAAAAACUUAAUGGAUGGAAAGUUUUUCAUCUCUCCUCGCAGAUGGAAGAGUUUGCAGAGCUUGAGAAACAAGUACACGAAAAAUUAAAAAUGACGCUAAUGCUGCUUGAGUCGCAGCAAGCUUCUAAAAAUAGACACAUUGAUGGACUCGAGCGUGUGAAUGACUUGAUUAAAGGAAAUUUACAACGCAGUACUUUAGUCAGCGAAGGCAUGAAUGAAGCACGCUUGCAGCUUGGUGGUAUAUUUCAACAUAAACAACCUAUCAUUGAAAUUUUACAACGUUGUGGUAAUAAACGAGCUCAGAAAAAAAGGGAUAAGUGAGAGCUAUUGUGCAAAACAAAUAUGUAGAAUGUUUGCAAAAAACAUUUAUUAAUACGUUCCAUACUGCGCAGAUGACCUAUAAUCCACGUUGCCAAACUUAUACAUGCGUUUAUAAACUUGUAUGUUUCUUGUAUAUGAUCUUGUAUAUGUUUAUAAGGUGUGUUUUAUAAUACUUACAAAAAUAUAAAAAAUUUGAUUAUUAAGAAAAAAGGGUACAAAAUGUAUUAUAAAGCAAAAUAUAAAUAUUUUUUAUUUUUAAAUAAUUUAAAUAACGCGCGUGGAAUGUAAAAUUAACGCAGUAUGGAACGUGUUAAAAGAAAAUUAAUAAGGAAGACUUUAUUUUUAUCUGUGUCACAGAAUCUAUAUAAGAAUAAAUAAAUGGUUUUAUAAGUCUCAAAAUACAAUUGUUAGUGAUAUAUUUACAAUUUUAUUAUACAAAUCUAUAAUUUUUUAUUUUUAUAUAGUGCUUCUUAUUUGCUCUUUAUAUAAAACUCUUUCUACUUUAA